AUGACAGGUGUCAGUAUUGCCAAAAAUAGUGAAUUUGGCUCUGGCUAUCGAGGGUUGGAACGGUAUAAAAGCCCACCAGGAAGUACCAAUUUUUCCAGCUCAUCGAACUACAACUCAGAACCCAACAACACACUCUAUCCUAAUCAUAAUAAUGCUAAGCUACCGCUGAGCCCGUCGACCGAAGGGCUUGCUCUCGCACCGACUGUGUCUGCAACGGCGUUCAAGGCCAGUUCUGUGGCAACGAGUCCAUCAACUCUGCCUGCACCAAUGGACAUGUCUUUAAAUGGAGCGGAGAGGAUAGCCACGCCUGCGACUACGGCUUCAGGAACAGCUGCAAUCAGUGUGGAAAGCUCAGUUGCCCAUGAAUGGAAAGUCCGGCAUCACACACGAAGUCGAGGGACUCUCAGUUUGCUUAAACCGAACCGUCCUUGA